AUGGUAGCAGAGAUAGAUUGUAAUAGUUUCUCAUAUGUUUGCUCGAAUAAAUUCAAAGCAAAAUCAUUUCCGAAUUUCGUUCGUUUAUUAAAAGGCUUGCCAAAAGGAAUUCAUCCAGAUUUUGACUACAAUGGUUUCAAAAAUCGUGUUGAGGAGCUAAAGGAUCUCAAAAUGAAUGAACUUUGCGAAAAAUUCCCGAUUGAAAAGCAAAAAUAUCCUGCACUUGUCUUACAUUUGAAUAAGUCUAAAGCUGAAUGUUGCAAAGUAAUCGACGAAAUCGUUAAAUAUGAUGUUACAUUGACUCCAUCAAUUUUUUGUCAACACAAAGCUCCAGAAGAGAAACUUGAAGUAUACACGAAUGAGUAUACGAAAUUCCAAAUGGAAGCGAACUUAACAAUACCAAAUAUAUUUAAUUUUUCACAAGAAUACAAAACUCCUAUUUUCGGAACUGUUAGAUGGUCCGAAAUCCUCAAAAGAAAUCGAACAAUUGCGAUCGUUGUUGUUAAAAACAUAUCAAGAGCUAAUGAUUACAAAACACAAGCUGAAGCAAAUUCGAAAAAUAUAUAUUGGUCAAUCAUUACACGUUCAAAGUAUAACGAACUUUCGAGUUGGGGACUAAAAGAAAACGAAAUACCUGCUCUUAUUAUUGGAAACCCAACAAAAACAAAAUUUGCAAUUAUUAAGAACAUUACUCCAGAUUCAAUGAUUGAUAUUGCUAAUAGCGAGUUUGGAAAAUAUGGAACAGUUGUUAACAAAAAGAUGAGUUCAGUUUUUCAUGAUUUUAUCCUUUUCCCAGGAAGAUCAGCUUUAUUUAGGAAUACCAUGUAUGCAAUCUUUAUAUUAAUUAUUAUUGCUUUAAUUAUUGGUGGAUUUUUCUUGAAUUCCACUCCAACACUCAAAUUCGAAUAA